AUUUACUUAAUCAGGACAAAAAAAAUGAAUGGUCAGCAGCCUGUGGACCAGGGGCGGACUGACAACUCAUGGGGCCCCCAGGCAAUAGGGGAUCAUGGGGCCCCUGUGUCCUUGCCCAAACUCAAAAAAGCCUAUGAAAAAGGUACCAGGGGCAUCUCAUGGGGCCCCCUACUGACCCCGGGCCCUAGGGCAGUGCCCGAGUUUCCAAAUGGUCAGUCCGCCCUUGCUGUGGACACA